AUGCCACUGCCUUCAGACAACAUCAUGGGGCACAAUACCCAAGAUAUGACCUUACGAGGAAGACCAAGAGGCAGGAGUAUGUACAGAGAGAGGUAUAACUAUGGGUCUCAACAUGUCCGUUCCGGAAUUCAUCCUUCAUUCCACCAGCAGCAAGAUGGAAAUUCAGCAACAAGUGGCAUGCACAUGGGCACCCGAAUAAGACAUGCUCCCUAUGCCAUUCCAUGCUAUCAUCAGAGAGGCAAUUUUCAGAAACAUGACCAAACCCAUGUUAACAUGGAGAAGGAGCAAAAGCCUCUGGAGAGAAUGGAGGAGCAGAAGCGGGAUGAGACCUCAGGGAGCUGGUUCAAGAUCAUUAUUCCAUUCGGCAUAAGAUAUGAUGAGAAGUGGCUGCUGAAUUUGAUUCAGAAGCAGUGCAGUGUCCCCUUCACCCCGGUUGAAUUUCACUACGAGAAAAUGCAGGCCCAGUUCUUCGUUGAGAAUGCCAGCAUUGCCUUCGCGUUGAAGAAUGUCAAUGGCAAGAUUUGGGAUGAAGAUAAUGAGAAGAUAUUUGUGAUUAUCCACCCCUCUGAUGCACCGCAGUCUGUGCAGAAAAAGCUGAAGUCAGAAAAGGCAGAGCAGAUAAAGCUAACGGUGAACAAACAAUAUGGUGUCUCCCAGGAUUCUCUUGACAUCCAAAGACUCCACUUUGACCCAGAAUUGAUGACCUGUGAUACUGAAACAGCACCAAAUCCUAGAAUCUGCAUGGCUGUCUCCCUGCUGAUCGAUGAAGAGAACAUCACCAAAGAGAGGACCUAGGUGAACCCUGCAGGGCAGUUGGCCAAGGGCAAAGUGCUGGAGCCAGAGGAGAUGAGUGCAAACAGGAACCGUCUAUGCACCACCAUCCCAGAUAAGUCAACCAACAUAAGCUCCAUCCUGGAAUUGUUCCCCAAGUUACUAUGUCUGGAUGGCCAGGAACCAACCCCACCCACUAACUUUGGUGUGGAAGCCCACAAGAAGUUACCAACCUGCAAGGGAAGCUUCUUUGGAUCUGACGCGCUGAAGAGUCUAGUCCUGCAAUUCCUGCAGCAGUAUUACUUGAUCCAUGACUCUGGAGACCGACAGGGUCUCCUCACUGCUUAUCACGACGAAGCCUGCUUCUCCCUGACCAUUCCCUUCAACCCCGAGGACCGAGCCCCAAGCAGCUUGUUUGAGUACUUCAAGGAUAACAGGAAUAUGAAGAGCCUCAAGGACCCCUACCUGCGGGUUCAGCAGCUGAAGUAUACAAAACGUGACAUUGUGUGCUCCCUCUGUGUGUUGCCCAACACUCAGCAUGACCUCCUCUCCUUCGUGGUGGACUUAUGGUUCCAGACGGAGAAGAUGCUCUGCUUCUCUGUCAACGGGCUGUUCAAGGAAGUGGGAAAAAAUUAUCAGGGUUCUGUGCGUGCCUUCAGCCGGACCUUCAUCAUUACCCCUGCCAGCAAUUCCAGUCUAUGUGUCGUGAAUGAUGAGCUGUUUGUGAGGGACACCACCCCCAGGGAGACUCAGAGUGCAUUCUCCAUCCAAGUGCCGAAACCCAUCUCAAGCUCCGGGCCCACCCUCUCCCAGGAGCAGGAAAUGGUGCAGGCUUUCUCCACCCAGCCUGGGAUGAGCUCCAGUGUCCUCAGAAGUGCCUUCAUGACCACGACUGGGAACUACACCGGAGUUGCACAGGUGCUCUCUCUGCCCAAGGUGAGGUCUGGGAAUUCAGGCCAAGAGAGUGGAACCCGGGUGGCCUGA